GCCAGUUUCUUAGUCUCUCCGAGUCCCGCACAUCAAGCGUCCCUUCAUAAUGUUGCAAAUGCGUCCUCCGGCCACCUAUGGCAUCCCUCCUCGUUAUGAAACGGAAGCAAAAAGGAAAAUUCAGCAAUUACAAGGAGAAUAUGAUGACAUCCUUGCUCUUGCAAAAAUGGAAAUGGCUGAAGUUGAAAAUUUGCAUUAUUCUACCUUGUGCUUUGUGCCUAAUCCAAAAAAAGAGCACCAGGAGCUAGUUAAGAAA